GAAGCCCGGGGUGGCAGGACAAGGGGAAGAGGAGGGGCGCGGAAACCCGGGCCCCUCGGAUGGAGAGUGGGGGGGGGGGGGGAGGACGAAGCAGGCCAGGUUUGGAACAAACAGGGGAGAGGGGCGCGUGGCUGUGGGGAGGAGCGCCUGGGGGACGGGAGGCUAGGGCGAAAAGGAACAGUGUGUUUUGGACGCCAGAGCAGGUUUGGAGGCCGCUGCUCAGAAGGUUGUUAUGGGGCCGUAACACUGGAGACACCCCCCUUCCCCUCCUCCCUCCCGCCCUCCUGGUGGGAUUCAGGGGCGGGACUGGAAGGGGGAAGCCCCGGGUCUCCCUGAUCCUGGAGGAAGAAGAAGGUGAUUUGAGCCGUCAGCGAGGGAGGGAGGUGGAGGUCUUUGCUGGGGGGGGGGGUGAUAGAGAGAAUAGAGGUGGACCGAGGCCCAGGACUGGAAAAGAGGAGACGCCAGGGGAGGGGAAUGGAUGGAUGGGUGGGAUUCUAGAUGCCCAGGUGGCCCUCCUUCUUUCAGCGUCCCCACCCUGUCCUCAUAACCCCACCACCACCAAGCCUCAGGGCGUAAGAGGGGGUGGCAGACUGACCACCUCCCCACUUCCCUAGCCGGGUGCAAUGUAUGCAAGUAGGCCCGGGGCACAACUCCUGGUCUGUAGGUGUGUCCAGUUCUGUAGCAGAUUUGUGUGUGUCUGGAGGUCUGUGUGUGCCUGUGGGUGUGUCGGUGGUGUUUGUGUCUCUGUGUGUGUUUGCUGAUCCUAGGUUUAUGUUUACCCAUGCCUCAGUAUAUGUCUGGUUCUCUGUUUGUAGAUAUGGGUCUGUGGUUGGGUGGUUUUAUGCAUCUCAAUGUGUGUCUGUGUGGCUUUGGUUGCUCUGUGUUAGUGGGGCUUGUCCGUGUGUGAUGAAUAAGGAUGUAUUUACACAGUAUGAGAAUCUGUGUCAGUCUGCUCUCUCCAGAAUGUAUAUGUACCUCUGAACACCUUUGUCAGGGUGUGUGGCUCUGAGUACACACGGAGGCUAUGUCUGUCUUUCUGUCUUGUCUUGGGGGGGUGGGGUGUCCUAGAGGCUCUGUUGGGUUUUCUCUGUCUGUUUUCUUCUCUGAAGCCCCAAGUCAUUUCUACUCCUUUUCCCCCCUCUCAUUCAUUCCUGAUCCCCACCCACCCCCAUAUCUUCCUUUAUCUUCUUACCCAUCCCCCCCUUAAAGUGGAUCCGGGACCCAGGGAGGGCCGCCCCCCGGGCCUGGUGGCACUGAGCAGGGCCCCCCAGCCCCCACCUCUUGCCCCACGACAUGAACCUCCUGUAUCGGAAAACCAAGCUGGAGUGGAGACAGCACAAGGAAGAGGAGGCCAAAAGGAGCUCCAGUAAGGAGGUGGCCCCUUCAGGCCCGGCGGGGCCUGGGGCUGGCCCAGGGCCUGGGGUCCGAGUGAGGGACAUCUCCUCACUACGCCGCUCCCUCAGAAUGGGGUUCAUGACAAUGCCUGCCUCCCAGGAGCAUACCCCUCACCCCUGCCGCAGUGCCAUGGCCCCACGCUCCCUCUCUUGCCACUCGGUGGGCAGCAUGGACAGUGGAGGGGGAGGGCCUGGGGGGAGUGGUGGGGGCCUCACAGAAGACAGCAGCAGCCGAAGACCCCCAGCCAAGCCCCAGAGACACCCCAGCACCAAGCUCAGCAUGGCAGGAUCAGGGGUGGAGACACCCCCCAGCAAGAAGGCAGGUUCACAAAAGCCAACCUCAGAGGGCCGAGACGCCAGCCGGAAGGUCCCGCCGCAGAAGCCGAGGCGAAGCCCACAUACCCAGCUCUCUGUCUCCUCCGAUGAGACCUGCCCCUCAGCCCCCUCAAGUCGAGGGGGGAACCUGCCCCUGCAGCGCCUCAGCCGGGGGUCCCGAGUAGCUGGGGACCCUGAUGCCGGUGCCCAGGAAGAAGAGCCUGUUUACAUCGAGAUGGUGGGAGAUGUCUUCAAGGGGGGAGGAGGACGCAGUGGAGGGGUCCUGACAGGGACCCCCCUCGGGGGUGGGGGCCCAACCCCUCCAGCUGGUGCAGACUCAGACUCUGAUGACAGCGAGGCCAUUUAUGAGGAGAUGAAGUACCCCCUUUCCGAAGAGGUAGCAGAAGGCCGGGCCAAUGGGGCCCCCCCACUGAUGGCCACCUCCCCCCCACCCCAGCCCCAUGCCCACCGCCGGCCAGCAUCGGCCCUCCCCAGCCGGAGGGAUGGGACCCCCACCAAGACCACUCCUUGUGAAAUCCCCCCACCCUUCCCUAACCUCCUUCAGCACCGGCCUCCCCUCCUGGCCUUCCCCCAAGCCAAGUCCGCUACCCGAACCCCUGGUGAUGGGGUCUCCAGGCUGCCUGUCCUCUGCCACUCCAAGGAGCCAGCAGGUUCCACCCCAGCCCCCCAAGUGCCUGCACGAGAGCGGGAGACGCCUCCCCUGCCGCCUCCUCCUCCAGCUGCCAACCUCCUCCUGCUGGGACCCUCAGGCCGAGCCCGGAGCCACUCAACGCCCUUGCCACCCCAGGGCUCCGGCCAGCCCCGGGGAGAGCGGGAGCUCCCCAGCUCCCACAGCAUGAUCUGCCCCAAGGCGGUGGGGGCGCCGGCAGCCCCCCCUGGUCCCUCCAAGGACAAAGCCGUGUCUUACACCAUGGUGUACUCAGCAGUCAAGGUGACGACGCACUCUGUCCUGCCAGCCGGCCCACCCCUGGGUGUCGGGGAGCCAAAGACGGAGAAGGAGAUCUCAGUCCUUCAUGGGAUGCUGUGUACCAGCUCGAGGCCUCCCAUACCGGGGAAAUCCAGCCCCCACAGCGGGGUGAUGGGUGUAGCCCCUGGGGUCCUUCAUCACCGUGGCUGCCUGGCUUCUCCCCACGGCCUCCCGGACCCAACUGCAACCCCCCUGACCCCUCUCUGGACCUACCCAGCCACAGCUGCUGGGCUCAAGAGACCCCCUGCCUAUGAGAGUCUCAAGGCUGGGGGGGUGCUGAAUAAGGGCUGUGGGGUGGGGGCUCCGUCCCCCAUGGUGAAGAUCCAGCUGCAGGAGCAAGGGACUGAAGGGGGUGCCUUUGCCAGCAUCUCCUGCGCCCACGUCAUUGCCAGUGCAGGGACGCCAGAGGAAGAAGAGGAGAUGGGGGCCACGUUUGGGGCAGGCUGGGCUCUGCAGAGGAAGGUUCUCUAUGGAGGGCGGAAGGCAAAGGAGCUGGACACAGAGGUUGAAGACAGUGCCCGGGCCUGGAACGGCAGUGCUGAGGGUCCAGGCAAGGUGGAGCGUGAGGACCGGAGUCCUAUGGCCUCGGGAAUCCCUGUGAGGAGCCAGGGGGCAGAGGGCCUGCUGGCCAGGAUCCACCACCACAGAGGCGGAAGCCGUACAGCGCUGCCCAUACCCUGCCAGACCUUCCCGGCCUGCCACCGAAAUGGAGACUUCACAGGAGGCUACCGCCUGGGUCGCUCUGCCUCUACUUCUGGAGUCCGGCAGGCCGCGCUCCAUACACCUCGGCCCUGCAGCCAGCCUAGGGAUGCCCUGAGCCAGAUGCACCCCGAGCUGCCGCUGCCGCUGCCCCUGCCACCCCCGCCGGCCCGCGAGCGCGACGGCAAGCUGCUGGAGGUGAUCGAGCGCAAGCGCUGCGUGUGCAAGGAGAUCAAGGCCCGCCACCGCCCCGACCGCGGCCUCUGCAAGCAGGAGAGCAUGCCCAUCCUCCCCAGCUGGCGGCGGGGGCCCGAGCCCCGCAAGUCCGGCACCCCGCCCUGCCGCCGGCAGCACACCGUGCUCUGGGACACCGCCAUCUGAGGGGGCGGGGCCCCGCCGGGUCACCGGACCGGAAGGGGCGGGGCCCUGGCGUGAGUGACAGGUGGGCCAGGGGCCACCUGACCCUCCCUCCCAGGGCCCUGGGAACUAGGGACUGCCAGGCCCAUCGGUACUUUGGGGUACUGCGCCUACCCCAAGCCAUUUGGAGGAAGAGGGUUUGCUGGUGGUGAGAAGGGGGUCUGAGACCCUCUUCUUUUUUAAGAGGAUGGAGACCAAGGUGGGAAGGAGGGGAGGGUCGAAGGAAGAUGGGGGCGGGUCAAAUGAAAGACUGGGAUUAGCACCGAGGAGUUGACUGAGAGGGAGGAGAGCCGGGAGUGGGGAGGGCUAUUUAUUUUAUUUAUUUCUUAGACAACUCUGGGCCCUUCUGAUCUACACCCGAGCAGGGAGUGGAGAAUGGAGAUCACCCUCUCCCCAUGCCUAAAUGCCCCCAUCCUUCAUCUGUGCCCACCCGCAGGGAGGGAGGGAUUUUCCUGGGGACUGGCUGUCUGAGGAGAGGAGCACUGGCUGCUUACAGUAUUUACAGUUUUGUCAGAAUUUGGUAGUGAGCGUGGCCUGCUCUGAAACAGGCGUGUUUCCUUUAGUUCUGGGGUGAGGGUCUAGCCAGGGAUGGGUGGGAUGAUGGGGCAGGAGGGAAA